AUGGAACUCACUUUUGAAAAAGUUUUCACGAGAGAUGACGGAGAACUCGAAAAGGUAAAGAUGAUGCAUAGUACUAAUAAAGUUCAAUAUGGCGAAACACAACUUAAGAAAAUAGAAGACAAGCCAAGCUUCGCUCCAGAUCAAAAGAUCAAAAUUAUCAGUAUUCAAUAUGCCAACCCGAAUUUAGCUAUGUUCUUUGUACUUCCUGAACAAAAAGGAUUGCCAAAUUUGAUCAAAGAUACCUUGAUGCAUAUUACUUUGCCAGUAUUUAAAACAAGCUUAUAUGUCACUCUGUCAGAGACGCUAAAAAAUCUCGGUCUUAGAAAUAUAUUCGAAGGAUCGUCAGAUUUUUUCGGCUUAACAGGACCCCAUAACUCUUCCGGAUUGUGCAUUAGCGAAAUAUUUCACAAGGCGGUUAUUGAAGUUAACGAAAAAGGAACAGAGGCAGCAGCUGCCACUGGUGUGGUUAUGAUAAAGUUAUCUUUACCUAUCACUAAAAGUUUUAAGGCUGAUAGACCCUUCCUCUAUUUUGUACAAGAUCUUACAAAUGGACAUAUCUUGUUCAUCGGAACUUAUAUAAAGGGCCAAUGUGGGAUGAAAUAA